UGACGGUGGCCAUGUUUGUAUUUCCAGCUGGUAGAUGCGGGCUAGCUAGCCGGUUAGCUACCGCUGCAUUUGGCUCUUUCUUCGGGGUGAAACAUUGAAGAAAGGCCGUGCCACCCCGUUAACACCGGCUUAUCUGACAGUCGCAAUGCCGGUCCACUCGCGGGAGAAGAAAGAAAGCAACCACGAAGAAAUGGAGGUGGACUUUCCCGAGCAAGACGGCAGCACCACAGACGAGGAGGAUACCGUUAGCUCGUCCGUGUCUGAAGAUGGAGACAGCUCGGAGAUGGACGAUGAAGACUGUGAGAGGAGGAGGAUGGAGUGCCUGGAUGAGAUGACCACACUGGAGAAGCAGUUCACUGACCUGAAGGAACAGUUGUAUAAGGAGCGUUUGAGCCAGGUGGACAUCAAGCUCCAGGAGGUCAUGGCCGGUUGUGCCCAAGAGUAUCUGGAACCUUUAGCCAACCUGCAGGAGAACAUGCAGAUCAGGACCAAAGUGGCCGGGAUCUACAGGGAGCUGUGCUUGGAGUCAGUAAAGAACAAAUACGAGUGUGAGAUCCAAGCAGCGUGCCAGCACUGGGAGAGUGAGAAGUUGCUGCUGUUUGAUACUGUGCAGAGUGAGUUGGAGGAAAAGAUCAGAAGACUGGAGGAAGACAGGCACAGUAUCGACAUUACCUCAGAGUUGUGGAAUGAUGGAUUGCACUCACGGAAGAACAAGAAAAAGGACCCGUUCUGCCCGGUCAAGAAGAAGAAGCCCGUUGUUGUUUCUGGGCCUUAUAUUGUUUACAUGCUGCAAGACCUGGAUAUCCUUGAAGACUGGACUGCAAUAAGAAAGGCAAUGGCAUCACUGGGGCCCCACAGGGUGAAGGUGGAUGUGCCUGCAGUAAAGCCUGACAGACAUCACCACGUGGCACGCUCCGAGGACGGUCGACUUUUCUAUGACAACCAGUGGUACUCCAGGGGACAGGCCAUCUGUAUCAACAGGAAGGACGAGUACCCAACUAGAUGUGUUCCAGCACUGUGCUCUUGAACUACCAUCUUCAGCAGGCCGAGGACGACAGUGUAGUUGGAGUAGCUCUGACCAUGUGAUGAGAUCCUUCCUGUGGAAGCAGCUCAGUAAUGAACCUGAACAUCACUUCCCUGUCUGUAGUAGGAACUCAUUUGUUUUAUGCAGGUGUGAACAAAUUCUUCCUGUGUCUGCCUUUCACAGAAAAGGUGCUCAACAUAUCUGCUGUACUGCAGUCGUAGAGGAAGCUCUUCUAAUAAAGGACUGAAUGAAAUGUUUUACAGAAGGAUGAUGAAGCAAUUUACAAGCAGUUAAACAUCUGGUCCUUUUUUAAACCCUUUACCAGGGUUAGAAAUGACUAAUCUACAGUAUAUUCCACUUCCAGAUCUCAUGUAACAGUAGUACAGUAAAAGGAUACUGCAACAGUGACAGAAGUACAAGCAGUUUCAUCCAUGUGUAGAAUGAAUCGUGUUUCCAGUAAUGCUGGAACAAGGAGCCAGUCAGAGCAGCAAAUGAGCUGCUGAAAUAAAAGCCAGGAGAAGUGCUCACAUGACCAACACUGCUAAACACAGACACCUGAUAUACUUGGACAGCUAUUCAUUAACUGGUCAAAGGAUAAAAUGUUCAUGUCGUUAUUUAGGUUUUAGUCCUCCUGUGCAGCUCUGGACUCGCAAUGAUCCAGUUAUUUUUGUUCUCCUGCAUCAGGGAUGACCUGUAGACACCUGAGGCUGGGUGUAUGAAACGCUCGUAUGUUUGCAGCUCAGAUCUGUGAGAUCCAAAGUGUGGACACACGGUCUCAGAUUUAUAAAUCUGUGUACACUCUUUGUUAGUUUAGAUUUAGAACUCAUUAUUAAACUUAUUAAACCACAAAUUAGGCCACUACUUAUUAAAUUGUUCUGCCAGUUUUAUGGUCAGUUUUCUUCAUUCUUCACUAUUAUUUGCCAAUGAUUGGAACACAGAAGUAACCCAAUGAUAACAAAAUAAAAAUAUGUGUUUUUAUAACUGUCUUUAGGAAACUUUGGCCAUUCAGUGGAAUAUAUGAAAUGGUUUGUUGCUGUUUUUCAAUUAAGCUCAUCUACUCGCUCCUGCUCAUCCUAGUUUCAACCCGUCUGUCCACUUGAUUGUAUAAUGUCUGUAUUAGAGCAGUGUUUUUUGGUGUUAGUGUUUUUUCUCUGCUUAUAGAAAGUGUGGAAGCUAACGGCUCAGGGAGAGUAAGUGAGGUCACUUCUGCACUAUAGACUGUAUUUAAAAGAUGGAGCGCUACCACGAUGCCUCCAACAGUUUAGAUACUUUCACUGUGCAGCAGGGUUUAGGUGUGCGAAGACGUCUGGAGCAAUGUCCUUUGGACAGACGAGACCAAAGUGGAGAUGUUUGAUCGUAAUGCACAGGUCCAACAUAUCAGCACAAAUGCCUCAUACCAAACGCACAGUGGUGGAGGUGUGAUGGAAGGAAUCAGUUUGCCCAGUCACAAGUCCAGAGAUUAUAUCAAAGUGAUUGAUAUGCUGUGGCGGGAUAUUUAGGACAGCUGUGCAUAAAUGAAUGGCCACAAGGCUCUGUUGUAAAGACGAGGGCCAAAAACCCUGAACGACACUGAUAAACUAAUCAAGAACAUGUUUAGGACACAUCUAUUAAAUCUUUAUUGCUUUCUAACCAGAAGCCUGCUGAGCAUUACAGAGCAGGUUUGACUUUGGCUUCCUGCUUAGAAGCUGCGUCCUCCUGUGUGUUUGCACACAGUCAUCACACACGUCUUUGGCAUCUGAGAGGACUGGGGGGCGAUUGUUCACUGACGUUGUUGUUGUUGUUUUUUGUGUGUC